CGUUCAGAAACAAGUGAUGUUCUUUGGUGUGAAGUAAGUGUAGAGUGAUGUCACGUGCCCAAUGUCACUCUGUACUUUAGAAACGCACGGAGUGAGAUGCUACUGUCAAUUAUUUUUGUAAGGUUAGAAAGUUCGAGCAAAACAAACAAUUUUAAAUAUGAACAAAAGGAAGCUUAUUUGUGGCUUGGCAAUCUCAUUAUUUAAACAAUUCCUAUCGGAAUUAGAAAUAUUUGUGUUUGAAGCUAUCGAUAUUGAAGACGAAGAAGAUCCUGUACCUUCAAAAAGGAGAAAGUUGCCGAUUAGGAUUGAGAAUUAUAUGGAAAGGGUAAUACCGAACCUCAGUAAACAACAAUUUCAAAUGCAUUUCCGUAUCAAUUAUGUGACAUAUACCAAGUUGUUACCAAUUAUUGCAAAUGAAAUAAAGAAAAAAGACAUUGUGGGACGACCUUUAAUAGACAUCGAUAGACAAUUACUUGCUGUACUGUGGCUAUUGGCAACCCCAGAUUCAUUUAGAUCAGUAGGAGAAAGAUUUAAUAUGGGAAAGUCUUCUUUAAGUGUGUCAUUUUUCCGUAUCAUCAAAGCGUUGAAUAACAUUGCGCCAAAAGUUAUAGUUUGGCCAACAGGCGAACAGGUAGAAGCAGUUAAAGAAAAAUUCUCCAAUCUUGCAGGCAUUGACGGUGUUAUUGGAGCAGUAGAUGGAACGUUUAUUCCAAUAAAAGCCCCCAAAGAUGACCCAGAGGUAUAUAUAUGCAGAAAAUGCCAUUACGCAAUUACACUGCAAGGAAUUUGCAAUGCUUCAUUAAAAUUCACUGAUGUAUUCGUGGGUUAUCCUGGAUCUGUAAGCGAUACUCGAAUAUUCCGCAAUUCCGACAUAUAUAAUGCGGUUACUGAAAAUGUUAUGGAAUAUUUUCCCAAUGGAGAGUUUAUUUUAGGCGAUAAGGCAUAUCCUUGUUUGUCAUGGUGCAUACCUCCAUACAUCAACAGUGGAAAUAUGAAUGCAGCAAAAAGAAAUUUUAAUUUGAGAGUAUCUCAGACCAGACAAAGUAUAGAGAGGGCAUUUGGCCUUUUAUUUGGACGACUACGGCGACUUAAAUUUUUAGAUAUGAAUAGACAAGAUUUGAUUCCUGCAACUGUUGUCGCAUGUUGUGUUGUGCACAAUUUAUGUAUAGAAUCGGAAGAUUUAUUGGUAGAGGAGUUUAUAAAUGAGGGUAUCCAAUUUGUAAGAGGGAAUUUGGAACGUGAACAUAAUGGCCGAGGAAAUUUAUUUCAUGAGAAUGGAACUCAUAAACGUGAUCAGUUGUGUCAAAGAUUAUUUGAUGUUAUGGACUAAAUACUUGUAAAUAUUUUGUAAUAUCUUUAUGAAACACUUAAUCAUUAAUAAUAAACAUAAACUGUUACGAA